AUGAGCGACGAGCCGAUUCAAGGACGUAUUACAUGGACGCCAACGCCCGGACCAAAGCGUAUACACGCAUUCCGCGAGCGCAUAAACAAAGAACACGGUGUCGCACUGGAAAACUACGCCGACCUUUUAAAGUGGAGCAAUGAGCACACCGCGCCCUUUUGGCAGGCCGUGUGGGAUGAAAUUGGCGUAGUGUUUAGCGAGCGUGCGUCAGAAGUGCUGCCGGAAAACAGUCCCAUGUUUCCCCCCCCGGAAUGGUUUUUUGGCUCGCGUCUCAAUUUUGCUGAGAACAUAUUGCGUCACGGCAAAGACGACAACGUGGCUUUGAUAUCGUGUACGGAAAUCAAGGAGGACACGACAAAAAUGACGUAUGGUGAGCUGCGCAAGAAUGUAGCCUAUGCUGUACGUGCACUACGUAAGCUCGGCGUCGCCGUCGGCGACACCGUCGCGAGCUAUUCGAGCAAUACCGCGGAAAAUAUGAUUGCGUUCCUUGCGGCGAGCGCCGUCGGCGCGGUAUGGACGAGCGUCGCGCCAGAUUUUGGCACAGCUGGCGUUUUGGAACGUCUGCUGACCGUUCGGCCACGCGUGCUGUUUAGCGUAAAUGUCGUCCUAUACAAUGGCAAGCUGCACGACCACGUCGAAAAACUAAACGCAACCGUGAACGGCAUUCUCCAACAACAGGACGAGGAGACGCGCGGUGACGACAAGGACGACGAGCGCGCAUUCAAGCGCCCGCGCCAUGAAAGCGCCCGCAAGCUCGAGCAUGUGAUUAUCGUGCCGUACCAAGGCACCCACGCCGACGCUGGAUCCCGGAACAGCGGUGUGGACGAGGCCAAAGGCAGCCAUGGCCUCCAGCGCACGCUUUGGUCUGAGUUUAUCGCAAGCGGCGCACCGGAACAGGAAGAGGACGCGUUAAAGGUGGACUAUGCCCAGCUCGACUUCAAUGCCCCGCUCUGGAUCCUUUUUUCUUCCGGCACGACGGGCGUGCCGAAAGCCAUAACGCACCGUGCCGGUGGAAUGCUGUUGCAGUUCGGAAAAGAGCACCUUCUCCAGGGUGGCCUCACGGACAAGGAUGUGUUCUUCCAACACACCUCCACAGGCUGGAUGAUGUGGAAUUGGCUCGUCGGUGCCUUGUUGAGUGGAUGCCCGGUUGUGCUGUACGAUGGAUCGCCCGCGUAUCCCACAGGCGUGCUUUGGGAGCGCGCCGCGGAGCUUGGAUUUACCGUGUUCGGCACCUCCGCUGCGUAUCUGUCCAUGUUGGAGCGCCGCGGCUAUUACGCCGAGGGACUGCACGACAAGCUCCGCGUCCGUGCCAUUCUUUCCACGGGAUCUCCCCUGCGCGCGGAGCUUUACUUGUACGCAGAAAAGCUGGUUGGGAAGCCCGUGCAAGUUGGUAGCAUCACGGGCGGCACCGAUAUUUGCUCUUUGUUUGCUUCGAACAAUGUCACACUCCCGGUGCGUGCCGGCGAAUUGCAAAGCAUUUGUCUAGGGAUGGACGUGGAUGUGUUCGACGCGCAAGGUGAGAGCUGCACUUCAGGCGUCGAGGGUGACCUUGUGUGCAAAAAACCCUUUCCCGCACAGCCGCUCGGUUUCUGGCACCAGCCAAGCGAACGGUACAAGGAGAGCUAUUAUACCCAGUUCCCCGGCGUUUGGUACCACGGCGAUUUGGUCACACGCACGGAGCACGGCGGCCUGAUUAUGCUCGGUCGUUCUGAUGGAAUUCUGAACCCCAGCGGAAUUCGGUUUGGGAGCGCUGACAUUUACGAGGUGCUCGAGAGCUCCGAAGCGACUGCGCCGUCUUCGCCGCUAUCCUGCAUCACCGAUUCGCUCGUUGUGGGCUUGAAAACCGCGAAAAAAGACGACGAAGUUGUCGUUCUUUUUCUUGUUACUACCCCCGAUGCUGACUGGGAUGCAGUUGAUGCGGAAGCGAGGCGUAUUAUCCGCAAGCAGCGCAGUGCGAGGCACGUUCCUACGUACAUUCGCAAGGUGCAAGGAUGCCCGAAAACGCUGAAUGGCAAGCGCGUCGAGGUCCCCGUGAAGAAGUGUAUGUUUUUAACGGUAUACUAA